CGGCGGCCGAGGAAGGCGGCGACUUCCGCGCUUUGUGGCGCGGUUCUGGGCCGUGAGCGAGCGGAGCGCUGCCCUGGCGCUCGGGCUCUUCUCGCUCGCUCUCCCUGCGUCCCAGAGGUGCCGGUUCCGUGAAAGGCUGCUGCCUUUCUGGCCCCUGACGUGCAGCCGGUGACUUCCAGGAGCUCGGCGUCCUGGGAGCCCAGGAGCUGUAUGUUUCUGAACAAGAGGGCAGUGAUUCCACUGGUGAUGGGACGCAAAAUAAACCGUUCAAGACUGUUUUAAAGGCUUUGAUGACAGCAGGAAAGGAACCGUUUCCUACUAUUUAUGUGGAUUCGCAAAAAGAAAACGAGAGAUGGGCCAUUAUUUCAAAGUCACAGAUGAAAAAUGUCAAAAAACUGUGGCAAAGGGAACAAAUGAAGAACGAAGCAAAGGAGAAGAAGGAGGCAGAAGAUCUCUUGAGGAGAGAGAAGAACCUGGAAGAAGCGAAGAAGAUUGUUAUCAAGAAUGAUCCUAGUCUUCAAGAGCCAAAAUGCGUAAAGAUAGAUGCUCUGGAGGCUUACAGGGGCCAGAGAGUGAAGAUUUUUGGCUGGAUUCACAGAUUGCGGAGGCAAGGAAAAAAUUUGAUGUUCAUUGUUUUGAGAGACGGCACAGGUUUUCUUCAGUGUGUCCUUUCAGAUGAACUGUGUCAGUGCUACAACGGGGUAAUUCUUUCCACGGAGAGCAGCGUUGCGGUGUAUGGUGUGCUGAACCUUGUUCCUGAAGGCAAGCAGGCUCCAGGAGGCCACGAGCUGAACUGUGAUUACUGGGAGCUUAUUGGUCUGGCCCCAGCAGGAGGGGCUGACAAUCUGCUCAAUGAGGAUUCGGAGGUUGAUGUGCAACUUAACAACAGGCAUAUGAUGAUUCGAGGCGAGAAUAUGUCCAAAAUCUUCAAGGUGCGCUCCAUGGUAGUGCAGGCCUUCAGGGAUCACUUCUUUGCCAAUGGAUAUUAUGAAGUCACACCACCAACUCUAGUCCAGACGCAGGUGGAAGGAGGCUCAACCCUGUUCAAACUGGAUUAUUUUGGUGAAGAGGCAUACUUAACACAAUCAUCCCAGCUCUAUCUGGAGACCUGCAUUCCAGCGUUAGGAGAUGUCUUCUGUGUUGCUCAGUCAUACAGAGCUGAGCAAUCCAGGACCCGCAGACACCUGGCAGAAUACACUCACGUUGAAGCUGAAUGUCCUUUUAUAAGUUUUGAGGAUUUAUUGGACCGUCUGGAGAACUUGGUUUGUGAUGUAGUAGACAGAGUCUUGAAAUCACCUGCAUCAAGCCUGCUGUAUGACCUAAACCCGGGCUUCAAGCCCCCUAAACGUCCUUUCCGACGAAUGAACUAUACUGAAGCCAUUGAGUGGUUAAAGGAACAUGAUGUGAAGAAGGAAGAUGGCACUUAUUAUGAGUUUGGGGAAGAUAUUCCUGAAGCUCCUGAGAGACUGAUGACGGACACCAUCAAUGAGCCAAUCUUGUUGUGCCGAUUUCCUGCAGAGAUAAAGUCUUUCUAUAUGCAGCGCUGUCAUGAUGAUUCCCGGCUUACUGAAUCUGUUGAUGUGUUGAUGCCUAAUGUUGGUGAAAUUGUUGGAGGCUCUAUGCGUAUCUGGGACAGCGAGGAGCUGCUGGAAGGCUAUAAGAGAGAGGGCAUUGAUCCCACGCCGUACUACUGGUAUACUGACCAGAGAAAAUACGGUACAUGCCCUCAUGGUGGGUAUGGUUUGGGAUUAGAGCGGUUCCUAACCUGGAUUCUGAAUAGACAUCAUAUCCGAGAUGUCUGUCUCUAUCCACGCUUUGUCCAGCGCUGCAAACCGUAACCGUGCCUGUGGUAAACGAGAAAACUGGGCGGCUGAUGCUUGGAAAAGAACGAUACACGCUGCUGUACUACAGCCUGUCUGAGAACAAGAUUUAUUGCAACCUGUUGCUAAUACAAAUACUAACUUAGGGUGUGAAAAGGAAAAUAAACAAAACCAUUUUUUAAAGGAAAAUCCUGCUGAUUAACUGGAGAAGCCUUAGAACUGUUAGGUGCAUUUAUGCUCUCGAGUCAACAUAAAUGACAGCUGAUCAGGAUCUUUGUUUUAAAAAGCAAGAUACACUUCUGCUUUUAAUUUCUGUGACUUAAAAUAUGGGCAUUCAAUUUUUUUUUAAAUUUGCUUUAAUUUUAAUCUGUUUUCUCUUGUGGUUUCUUGUGGAAGAAAUCAGGAGUUCAGGCUCUUCACAUUCCCAGAUACUGACCUCUGAGAGUGGUACAAAGGGACAUCAUCUAAAGAGUACAACAAAGUAUAAGAACGGGAAUAAUUCUAUUAAGCACUGCACUUUUUUAGCUCCUACUGUUUUUAAUGGAAGUUCCAUUUGAGCCUGUUCAGUAGCAAGGUAUGUAGUAUUGAAGCACAGAAUUCCACUGCAAGAGACGCGGGGUGGGGUUUUUUCCAAAUUAUUUAUUGGUUAGAAAUGAUGAGGCUGGUAGUGAGGAAGGCUUUGCUACUCGUCCCUGACGCCUGCGGAUGAAGCGCUGUAGUGGGUCCGUGCACACCCAGCCUACGCUGAAUCACAGGAGGAGGGGACGCGCUGUCAGAGCACUGGCUGUGGGAGCUGGGGUGUUCACGGUGCUUUCCAAAUUAAGGUUCUGCCAUCGGCUUCAGACCAAAAAUGACUGAAGACCCAAAGAAACUGGUAACUCUGAAAUGCAGUUGGAUUUCAGCGCUGUAUGGCGACUGAAGUGCUGUCUUCUCGAGGUGAAUUGUAGUUCAAGCAGUGCAUUCAUGCUGAAGUUCGUUCUCAUCGUGGAGCAGUUCUGUGUUUCAUAGCUGGCUCAGUGUUCUCUUGCACUGCUGCAUCUGAGCAGGUUCUCUGGCUGUAAUCAGCUUAUCAAAUGGGAUUAAUUACAUAUUUAAUGUGUUGAGUCACCCAUACGUGUUUUAGUCGUAAAUUAAAGCAAUUCCUUUUGCUAGAGAGAAAAAAAUAAUUGGUAGGUGCAUUGUUUGCUACCUGCACUGAGACUUGAUCUGGAUUUGCCAUUCAUAGAAUCAUUGAGCUGUGCGACAUCCACGUUUUUGUAAUCAAUGACUGGUUGUCUUUAUCUUGCAUGCUACGUAUAUAAAGUGGUCUAAAUCAGCAACCAAUAAAUUAUGGCAACACUA